AUGAGGAUUACCAAUCCCUCUUGCCUGUGCCCUUUCCUGGUCUGCCUCUGUUUCGUCCAGAGGUGCUAUGGGUCAGGACACCACCCGCCGGCGAGGGCACUGGCCAAAAACCAGACCAGGCCCGCGGAGGGGGAGACCGAGGUGCACCAUCGGCCUAAGCGAGGCUGGAUAUGGAACCAAUUCUUUGUUUUAGAAGAACACAUAGGCCCGGAUGCCCAGUAUGUGGGGAAGCUUCACUCAAACUCGGACAAAGGGGACGGCUCGGUCCGGUACAUCCUGACGGGGGAAGGAGCCGGCACCAUCUUCAUCAUCGACGAGGUGACAGGCGACAUCCACGCCACCAAGAGCCUGGACCGGGAGAAGAAGACGCACUACGUGCUACACGCGCAGGCCAUUGACCGGCACACUAACAAGCCGCUGGAGCCCGAAUCCGAGUUCAUCAUCAAGGUGCAGGACAUCAACGACAACGCCCCCAAGUUCCCCGAUGGGCCCUUCGUCGCCUCCGUGCCCGAGAUGUCUGAAGUCGGUACUUCAGUGUACCAGGUUACCGCUACUGACGCUGACGAUCCCACAUAUGGAAACAGUGCCAGAGUGGUGUACAGCAUUCUGCAAGGACAGCCAUACUUCUCUGUCGAUCCCAAAACUGGGGUCAUCAGGACUGCCUUAGCCAACAUGGACCGGGAGGCUCGGGAACACUACGCUGUGGUCAUUCAAGCCAAAGACAUGGCGGGUCAGGUUGGAGGACUCUCUGGGUCUACUACAAUCAACAUCACACUAACAGAUGUUAACGACAACCCUCCAAAAUUCCCUCAGAAAAACUACCAGCUUUACGUCCCGGAAUCAGCUCAGGUCGGCAAGGCAGUGGGAAAGAUCAAGGCAAAUGAUGAGGACCUGGGCGUCAACGCGGAGAUCAAGUACAGCAUCACCAACGCAGACGGCGCCUCCGUGUUCUCCAUCUCCACGGACAGAGAGACUCGAGAGGGAAUCAUCUCGCUGAGAAAGCCCCUCAACUAUGAGAAGAAGGCGGACUACACCCUCCACAUCGAAGGGGCCAACACGCACCCGGACCCCCGUUUCUCCCACCUGGGACCCUUCAAGGACCGGGCCACCCUGAAGAUCACGGUGGGCGACGUGGAUGAGCCACCCGUCUUCUCCAUGGACUACUACAUCAUGGACGUGUUCGAGAACGCGCCGGUGGGCACGGAGGUGGGCGCAGUGACGGCGCGGGACCCCGACAGCAUCAACAGCGCCAUCAGGUAUUUCAUUGACCGCAGUUUGCAUGGAGAUACAUAUUUCAACAUCGACGCCAACAGUGGAACCAUAAAGACAACACAUGUCCUCGACAGAGAGGAGAUGGCCUGGCAUAACAUCACUGUGAUCGCGUCGGAGGUUGACAACCCUAGUCUCCUCAGCCAUGUCCCCGUCACAGUUCAGGUCUUGGACGUGAACGACAACCCGCCACAGAUCGCUAUGGAAGGCGAGGUCAUUGUGUGUGAAGGCAUCAGACCAGGGCAGGUGAUCCAGACAAUUACUGCUGUGGACAAAGACGACUUCGCAAACGGACCACGUUUUUCCUUCUCCCUCCCGAAAGACAGCCCUUUGAAUCCCAACUUCACCCUUAAGGACAAUGAAGACAGCACCGCCAGCAUCGUGGCCCGCAGACGGCGGUUCAGCCGGACAGCGCAGGAGUUCUACCAGCUAGCAGUGGCGGUGUCGGACGGGGGGGAGCCGGCGCUGAGCAGCACGGGCACGUUGACGCUGCGGGUUUGCGCCUGCGAGCGCGGGGCCAGGGUCCGCACCUGCCAGGCCGAGGCCUUCUUGUCGUCUGCCGGGCUCAGCACGGGAGCGCUCAUCGCCAUCCUGCUCUGUGUCGUCAUCCUGCUGGUGAUCGUUGUGCUGUUCAUCACCCUGCGGAGGAGCAAGAAGGAGCCGCUGAUCAUCUCCGAGGAGGACGUGCGGGAGAAUGUGGUCACCUAUGACGACGAGGGCGGCGGCGAGGAGGACACGGAGGCCUUCGACAUCAUCGCCCUGCGGAACCCGGCAGCGGCAGCGGUGGAGGAGCUGAAGUUCCGGCGGGACGUGCGGCCCGAGACCCUGCAGCGGGUGCCCCGGGGGGCGGGAGGCAUCCGGAGCCCCUCGCCGGAUGGCGCGCUGGACGACGUGGACGUGCAGGAGUUCAUCCGGCGGCGGCUGGCGGAGGCCGACCAGGACACCAGUGUGCCGCCGUACGACUCGCUGCAGACAUACGCCUACGAGGGCCGCGGCUCGCCAGCCGGUUCCGUCAGCUCUCUGUCAGCUGAGUCGGCCGCCACCCGCUCCCAAUCGGAGCAGGACUACAGAUUCCUGGACGACUGGGGACCCGAGUUUCAGAAACUGGCAGAACUCUACGGAGAGUCAGAGCUGGAACAAACCACCUAGCUUGUGUCACUGUAAGAAAAAAUAAAAUAAAAUAAAAAAAAUAAAACCCCGCCUCCUUC